AUGUUGUCUGCAAAGGCAUUCACGAAGCAUAUUUCGUUUGAUGAUCUGGCACCUUCCUUAAUUGAUGAUCAAGCAACAAUUAUCAAGAAUGACAGUCAUCAUGUUGGCUUGAAUAAUCAUUUCUUACAUAUACCUCCACAAUUUAAUCCUGUUUACAAAAACACUUUGACCGGUAGUCGAGGUUCUAAUGAACUUACAACUGACGAAAAUCUGGAUUCACCUGAAGACGAAGAAGCUUCUCCGCCACCCCAAGUAGAAACCCCAACAUCUUCAACAGGUGGAAUUCCUCACUUGUAUACUCAGAUGUUUUCACCUGUAGCACAUGAUCCCUCCAAAAACUAUCUGAGAUCGCCCAGCGUUGAAAGAAGUAGAAGUGAAUCUCCAAUGUUCAGGUCAAGGAGAAGAACUUCAGUGAGAUUACCUCCUCCUCCAAAAGUAUCCGUCCUAAAAAAAUCUCGAAAAGCUGCUGAUGAACAGGGUCCUAUUGAUGAUAUUGAUAUUGGUGACUUAGAUUUUGAGCUAGAAAGGAAAAUGACCAAAAUGACUGAAAGAAACACUCAAAAAAAUUCGGGAUCAAGGAAAGGCUAUACCCAAGCUGCCUUUGCGAAUCUUAACGAAGUAGAAGAUAGAAUUGAAACCAAGUCAAUGGUAGAUUUAUCCGAAAGCGAGAACAUGGAAGGCGCAAAGAAAAGAUCUAAAUCGUUUGCGGGGAUGACAGACGAAGAAUUGGCCAAGUUGGAAGAGUUUUAUAUAAGUAAAGGGAGGUCAAACAAGACUAAAAUAGAUCAAUUUGAUUUCGGCGAGCAAGUUCCAGUCUAUUUGAACACAACAGAAUCAAAAACAGAUUUGAACAACGUAACGGAUCCUUUGGCAGCAAUUUAUCCAUCAAGGCCUACCAUUGUUCAUAAUGCGAUUUCAAUGACUAUUGAUCACUCAAACUAUGAAGAUUAUGUUUCCAAGACAAAAGAUAGGCUCAAUUGCAAAGAGAAAGAUGAUGAUGUAGAUUUGAGAGUCGUUUCAUGUUAUAUAUCAGGUAGGAGAUAUACAUGGUCAUCCGUGGACUGGUACGUUGAAAAUUUGGCAAGAAAUGGAGAUCAUUUAGUCAUAAUUACGACAAUUCCUGAGUUUGAAGCCAAAAUUGAUACUCUGGCCUAUAAGGAGAAAAGAAAACACCGCUUAGAAAGAAUGGCCAGCAAUACUAGUGAAAGCAUGACCACAGCGUCACAUAGCCUUGUAGGUCCAGAUCCAUCGAGUCCAUUAUCAACCGGGAUAAGAAUAGAAGCUAUUCAUGAUGAGGCGAAGCAGACCUGUAGCAAUAUUUUAAAUUACUAUGCGAAAAGAUUGGCAACUAAAAUAGUUAGGAUUAGUAUUGAGAUGGUAAAAGAAGAUUCGACAAGAUCUGCCAUAAUAUGUGCGACCUCUCUGUAUAGGCCAAGUUUGCAAGUAAUCAGCACUGUUAGCGCCAACAUUCAAAUUAAAUUUAGAAAUGGGAAAGUAAAGCUACCAUUUUUUUUAAUGAAACACUUUGCCAUGCCAGCUUUUGUCGUACCAUUCGAAUUCAUCAAACCGGAACUUUUGAUAAAACCUAGAAUGGAUGAAAAUGAGGAAGAACACACCGAUGAUUUGAAAACUGAAGUAAGAAAGAAGGAAAGAUUGCAAUGGUUAAGUGCACUAAUUAGAAGAACCUUAGAAAACCCUUUCACCAAACACAAAGUGGUUGAUUCGGAUGAUGAAGAAAGUGAUAGUGAUGAGUCAGUAGCCUCUGUAAACGAGUACUUCCCAAUCUCACCGGAAAAAAAGGAAGAAAUGGAGUUCUUCGAUAAGAUGGGAUACGUUAGGCCAAAGCCGUCGAGACAAGUACUGUUGGAUGAUAACACCCUUAUGAAGUAUGACAGUUCUGGCCGAAAACUAACUCCUGUAGAGUCAAGAAACUCUAGGCGCAGCUCAAAGCGUAGUUCAAGAAUACAAUUCAAUAAUAACGGUAUUUAUAAAGUAAAGUCCAUGGUAGAUGACAUUUAUAACCACGACACUGCCGCUACACCCCAUAUUAAGACGGCGCUAAAAUGGGAAAAUGAGGAUCCAAAAACGAAGUUCACUUCACAUCCAAUGAGAAAAACAAAAUCCGCGGGGCUAUCACCCAGAACAUCCUCUACGUCAUCCUCUUUAGGACAGAAAAAAGCGCAUCACCACCAUCAUCAUCAUAACCACGUUUCAAGGACGAAAACCACCGAAAGCACCAAAUCAGGCAAUAGCAAAAAGGACAGUUCGUCAUCCUCAACAAACGAUCAUCAAUUUAAGAGGUCUGAAAAGAAGAAAAAAAGUAAAUUUGGCUCGAUCUUCAAAAAAGUGUUCGGUUGA